AAGACAACGGCUAGAGAAAAAAGAUACAAUCCCUCACUCGCGGCGUUUAUAUAAUCGCCCAAAUCUUUCAGAAAAAGUCGCGAAUUGUCCGUGUUGAUUUCUUCAUUCGGCAGAAAACCGCGUGGAAGAGGCUCUAACGGUCGUGCAGAUGCUGGAGAGCUCGCAGCAUGAGGGAUUGUCCAAGCGGUAACACACCGGAGAGAGAGAAUGAGAGAGAGAUUGCCUGGUCGUCAUGUUGCCGUGGAGCCGUUGCAGAUAUGAUACCACUCUAAAAACUCCUCUAUGACUUCCUCAAUUCCUCUGUGACACGUUUACCAACCACAACAGGAUUCCGUUCCUCGUUUAAAUAAGCAGAGCACGUACACCUGUCCCAAGACAGAGGUAUAGACAAAGAGACAUCUUUUGUUAGUACAAAAACCUGCACUGAUCAUGAGUGAACAGCAGGAAGAGUAUGUGGAGCAUCAGUACAUGUGCAGUGAGUGCCAGCAGCUCUUCAAUACUCUGGAGGAGGUGCUGAUACACCAACAGGUGCACACUGGUACAGAAGUAGAAGACUUGGUGGCCAUUUCCAGCCAUGAGGACACCAGGGACAGUCAGUACCAGUGUCUGGAAUGUGGCGCUCUUCUCAGAGACUCGGAGGAACUGCUGAUCCAUCAAGAGCUGCACAUGAGGGAGGCAGGCAUGGAUGCAGAACAUGAGUUUUGUGAGGUGGCAGAAACGGACGCGGCAGUUGCUGCAGUUCCGAUCCACUACCAGUGCCUGGAGUGUCUGGCCCUCUUCGACACGGCCGAGCUGUGGAUGGCACACCGGCAGACGCACAAGAUCAGCACACACAGCGACAUGGCUGACACCGAUUAUGUUCUACAGCCAGAUGGUUCAGUCACCCCUGUGUGCAAAGUGCAAAAUCUGGUGCUAGAUGAACAGAGAGCCGGAGAGAUCCUAACGUUGGCCCAGGCUCUUCGAGAGCAGCAGUCUCCACAAAAGCCUAAUGCUCCACCCAGAGCUACUCUUCUUCCAAGCACCCAGUCCAUGCCUGGCUCUACUUCUGCCAUGCUCCGCCUCCAGUUCUGCUCUGCCCAAGCCAUUGCAGAUGGCUCCGCCUCAACGACCAGUCGCAAAGCCAAACUCCUCCCUCCGCUUCUCCCUUCUGAGCCAAUCAGGCUUGAGAACGGCAUUACUACGCUCAACCUUCUCCCCGCCGUUGAGCGUGCAGACUUGGGGAAGCACGGAGAGGAAGAGGUGUUAAUCAUUCAUCCAUACGAGUGCUCGGAAUGCAACCUGCUGUUCAGCACUCCGGAAGAUUUUCUUCACCACCAGGGAGAGCACUUUCUGGCUCAGGACAAAGAGAGCGGGGGCGCCGGCGUCAUGUUAGGCUACGAAGACGGCGCUAGGGCAAGGGAGGAUGAAGGAAGGAAAGGUGACGUGAGGGACGAGGGGAGUAAGGCGGAGCAGGGGAAAGGCCAGAGCGGAAGGCGUUCGUACACGACACGGUUGGCAGGUCUCGGAGUCAAUUCGUCCAUUUCGUGUGCCAACCUGCGAUGCGAGGAGUGCAAGAGAACUUUCACCACAGCCAAUCGGCUGGCAGCACAUCUCCGAGUGCAUGAGCAGGGAACGCACGAAUGCCCUGAAUGCGACAAGGUGUUCAAGAAGGCAGGAUCACUGCAUACACACAUGCGCACACACUCCGGGGAGGCCCGCUUUCUAUGUGUAGACUGUGGGCACAGCUUCACUACAGAAAUGACCCUUAUCAUACACAGGAAAUCCCAUACAUCUGAGCCUCUCCACAGGUGCCCUUUCUGUGCCAAAACCUUCACCAAUAUGACCAAGUUUCUUUACCACCGACGCACUCAUACUAACCGUGAACCAGUUAGCUCUGCCUCCACAGUUACGCUGAUGCAGCGGAUGCCUCUAUCUAUUAUGCAAAGGGCAAGAGAACGUGAGGCUGUGUGGGGAAAACAGAAACAUGCAGCACUCCUGGUUCCUGCAAGUGCCGAUACGGACACAGGCGAGAGCAUUCUGGAGGCUGCAGCUUCUCUCUCUCAGGCUGCUGUAACAGUAGAGAACGGAGUGGAGUCUAAGGAUCCUACAUCAGAAGCAGCACAAAAGCAACAGCCAAAUCCAGACAACGACCUUAACAUGGACUCUAUAGAAGAUUCAGACAAAUGGCAGGCUCCCAUUACGGAAGACGAUAUCAAGUUCCCUUGCUCCACCUGCAAAAAAAUGUUUACUUCCCAAAUCCGUUUGUUAAGUCACCGCCAAACCGCGCACUCCAGUGAGCGCCGCUUCAAGUGCAACGUAUGCGGAAAGCCUUUCAAGAAGCAGAUCCAUCUGCGGAACCACCUGCGCACGCAUACAGGCGAACGUCCGUUCCAGUGCAGUGUGUGUGGCAAGACCUUCUCUUCACUGGCCAACCUCACUCGCCACGGCCUGACUCACACCGGGGUGCGGCCAUACCGCUGUGACGUAUGUCACAGGGCUUUCACACAGUCCUCUAACCUGCGCCAGCACCGCCUGCUCCACAGUAACCCCACACCCUCAGCUUGCCCGGACUGCUCAGCCACAUUCAUCCGGCCAGCGAAGCUCGUGGCACACAGAUUCCUUCAGCAUCCAGGAGCACCAGCGCCGUACCCCUGCCCGCAUUGCCCCGAAGGGUUCUUGCGCAAGAAGCAAAGGGAUAUGCACUGCCUGGAGGAACAUCCCAACUUGACACACCCUAUUACAGAUGCUACUAAUGAAUCAGGGCUUAAAGGUCAGAAAACAUCUACUGAGAGCGUAGAGCAUGCUGCUCCUGUAAUCCCGAAGCCAAACUUAGACUGCACCAUUUGUGGGAAGCGCCUGAACUCGGCUGCAAACCUGCGCCUCCAUCAGUUGAGCCACGGACUGGGACCAGGCCGCCCACGUGGUUCCAGCUCAGCCUGUGGGAAAUCACACCCAUGCCCCGUGUGUGGGAAGUUGUUUGUUUCUGCAUCAAGCGUCACGUUGCACCAGCGCGUCCACACAGGUGAGAGACCAUAUCCUUGUGCUGCGUGUGGUAAGCGCUUCCGGCAGAACACCCACCUGCGCGAGCACCUGCGCACGCACUCGGGUGAGCGGCCAUUUCGCUGCGAGUUCUGCAACAAGGGUUUUGUGCAAAGCAUGCAUCUGGCCGAGCACAGGCGGACACACACCGGGGAAAGACCACACACGUGUGCAGAAUGCGGAAAGACCUUCAAGACCAUCUCAAACCUGAGGAACCACCGCAAGACCCACAACAAGGCACAACAAGAGCAAGGCAAAGAUGAUAAAAUGGAGCCCACCAUGGAGAGCAAUAUCGCGACGCUUGCUGUGGUGAAUGCCUCGGACGUGAACCUUUGCCAACAGGGUGUCCAGCUGGGGCAACCACAACUCAUACAGAUCCAGACUUCUGGUCUGGAGCAGACUCAAGGCACUCCCACCAUCAUGUGCAAUGAAUUUGGAGAAGCGAUAGCAAUCAUCGAGACGAGUGGCGAUCUGGCGGAGGCUAUAGAGCUUUACCACACAGCCCUGGAAGGCGGGAUUAACAUGGACACCAUCACUCUGGACAACCUGCAGCUUAUGUGAAUCAGCAAGAGCAGUUCAUUAGAGUCUGACACCAUGUUGUGGGACACUUGAGUGAGGACAGAAUGGGAAUUUAGAAUCGAUUUGAUCGACACUGUAAUAGUGGGGAAUCUGCCUCACUCUGGCAGUUAGCAUUGAUCUUAAGGGAUAAUAAGGAGUCUAGAAUGAUUAAAUGACAUGGUGUGUCCGUCUGAAUUUCAGCUUGUGAUUAACAACGCCAAACAUCUUCAAUUCAGAGAGACUGAAGAUACAAAACUGAAGAUGAGUGGGACCGUUACUAACAGAGUUAUGGUAGUGACCCCUCGUCGCACCACGUUAAGACAAACAUAACUGCAGGAUAUAUGCAGACUACUUUUUUUUUUUUCAGGACAAUACACUGUUCUGGGGCACGCUCCUUGAAAGGAACUUUUACUUUACAAACAUGGAUGUGAACAGGAAACCACAAGGGAAGAUGUCUUAACAGAUGCAGGCACUCACCUUAGGCCUUGUGAUGAGGUAAUGCAUAAUGGAGACAGUUGUGGAGUGCUUUUGCUGCUUAACCUGAUUUUACAAGUUCAUUUCUCCAAAUCUAUAGGUGUCUGUUGAAUAUGUUCUUAUAAAUGGUUUUUUUUUUUUUAAAUCUGUACAAUCUGCAAUGUUAAAUAUUGUAAAUAAAAAUUUUCAGUUUGUCUCA